CUAAGCAGCGACCAGUUUAUUUGGCAACCGGAGAGGCAGCGGGCAGGGCUGUGAAGGGAUCUCCGGGAAUCCUUACAAGAUUUACCGGGUAAAUAAACUAAACCUCAGUGUGCGGAGGUCCCAGGAACAGCGGCUAGUAAGCGUCUCCCCUUCUCAGAGCAAAGAUGUCUGAGGAGGCGGUGCGCCAGACACGCAGCCAGAAGCGGGCACUUGAGCGGGAGGCGCCGUCUCUCGAUGGAGAUACGAAACGAGUGAAGCUGGAAAGAGGGGAGCUCGGUUCUAGUAAAGUGGCAAACAUCCUGAAGUCUGGCGAGGUGAAAGCCACCAUCAAAGUGGAGGUGCAGGCAGACGAUGAGCCCGUAGACAUGAGGACGCCCCGCAGCGAAAUAAAAAAAGAAAGGCCACCAACGCCAGAUGAUGUAAUUGUUUUAUCAGACAACGAGCCUGGCAGUCCGCAAAUAAACGGAAUCGGCCACAGCUUGAAGAAAACGGACACGGAGAUGCUCAUGAAGAGCAGUUCUGAAGAGCGCCAGAGGUUUAUCAAGCAGCUAAAGGAGGAGCUGCGUCUGCAAGAGGCCAAGCUGGUGCUCCUCAAGAAACUCCGCCAGAGCCAGAUCCAGAAAGAGAGCGUGGUGCAGAAGACAACCAAUUCCACAUCCAAUCCCCCGCCUCUCGUAAGAGGCAGCAUUUCAUCUAGCAAAGCCCCGCUGCAGGUGUUGUCUAAUAGAAGCUCAGGCACAGUCAUUCCUCCUCCUCUGGUGCGAGGCGGUACACAGGUUUCCAAGCAUACAUCAAUAGUGAUGCCACCUUUAGUCAGAGGCUCACAGCCCAUUGCUGUGACUCCUCAGCAGAUAGCAACGUUGCGUCAGCAGCAGCAGCACUCAGGCUCUGGUCCUCCUCCUCUGCUGCUGGGUCCUCGCACCUCUGUACCCAAUGUUCAGGUGCAGGGUCAGAGGAUCAUCCAGCAGGGCCUGAUUCGUGUGGCCAACGUAGCCAACACCAAUGUCCUGGUCAACAUACCACAGGGCUCGCCUACUGGGUUGAAGGGUUCUUCAGUGUCCUCCCAGUCAGGCAUUGGCACCAACGCCUCCACGGUCAAUGUCAACGACUCCCCUGCCAGCCGACAGGCUGCUGCCAAGCUGGCCUUGCGAAAGCAGCUGGAAAAAACCCUGCUGGAGAUCCCUCCUCCAAAACCUCCUGCACCAGAGGUCAACUUCCUCCCUUCAGCUGCUAACAAUGAGUUUAUCUACCUGGUGGGACUGGAGAUGGUGGUGCAGAACCUGCUGGAUCUGGCCAAAAGCAAACAGCAGCCUCAGCAGGGCUGCUCCCCAAUAACUCCACCUGUGAAGGAGCCAUUUAUGUGCGCGCAGUGCCACACAGACUUCACCUCUCGCUGGAGGCAGGACAAGAGUAACAGUUCGAUCCUGUGCGAGCAGUGUAUGAGUUCCAACCAAAAGAAAUCCCUGAAGGCUGAGCACACGAACCGGCUGAAGGCAGCCUUUGUCAAGGCCUUGCAGCAGGAGCAGGAGAUCGAGCAGCGCAUCCUUCAGCAGUCUUCCUCGUCCUCUCCAAAGAGCUCGGCUGCUUCCUCGUCUUCAUCAUCCUCGCCAGUGGUGAAGUCGGAGCAGCGUGUGAUGGUGUCUCCACAGUAUAAAACGGGACGAUCCUCACUGCCUCAGCAGCAGUCACACAGGGCAACAGCAGUCAAUCGCUACCACUCCAGCACCAUCAAGCAGAGUCCAGGACAGGUGGUGCGUAAUGUGCCCCAGACGGUGGUCAGCAUGAGCUCACGUGGCAUGAGCCGCAGCUUCUCCACGCCCAGUCAGCUGCAGAAUGCUGUCACGGCUGCCGCGCUGGUCAGCAGGCCAGGUAAGCAUGCUGGGAGGGCUGGGCCAAAUAGCAGCAGAGCCAGCAGCAGCAACAGCAGUAAGGCCACCGCCAAUGUCUGGAGGAAACAGAGCAGCACUCCCACAGCGACGGCCCUGAGCACAGGGCAUCUUCAGACGUCUUGUAGAGUCCUUGACUCAGCAGGUCAGAGCUGUUUGGGUGGCAUGCAGAGGACCAACAGCAUAUUAGGUGUCACUAUGGCCUAUGUUAACCCGAGUCUGUCCGUACUCAAGACGACCUCUCCAGCAGAUCGUCAACGGGAGUAUCUCCUCGACAUGAUCCCGUCCCGCUCCAUCUCCCAGACGUCAAAUUGGAAAUAAUGCCUCCCGUCUAUCGCCUUUGCUCCUUCACUGAUCUCUCAUUAUAGAACUCCUGGACACCAGUUGGAUUUUAAUAUCAGAUAACCAGCUACCAAGCAAUAAAAGCAUUUCACUUUGUUUACUGGAGACCUUUUGUCCAAUCAGAAAUAACCCACUGAGACAGUGAGUGAGUCCUGAGAGACCAGGUGAAGGAUCAGAUUUAACACUGAGAGAGAGUUGGAUCUCUUGAACAGGCUUUGUGUGUAUCAGGUCUGUUUAUAUGCCCCUUUGGCUGCAGUGAUUCUGCCACAUCCACACUGGUGAUGUCCAUCUCUCACUGGUUUCCUUCAUCUCUGUUUGUUUUUCUGCUGCUGGUGGGAUUCUUUUGGUAUACAAGGUGACUAGUUAACCCCUCCAUGUUAGCAAACAUGUCUCCUUCCUCUUGACUAAGUGGAGGUACCCAGGCUGCACAGGAAGCCAGGUUUUAUUUUUAUUUUUUGAGGACCAUCUAAGAAUGCUUCAGCUUCAGUGUGGCUCACACAUGCCGUCUCUUAAACAAUACCAUGGGAGUGCAAAAUAAGUCAUUCUGAUGUUUUUGGACUUACUCUCCCCCCCCUUCCCCUUUUGAGGAGUCCUUUUUUUGAGGGCUGACAUAUAAAAGGUAUUGUUAUACUGUUAAGGUGGUUUUACAUCUGCCAGUUUAGUGUGUAUUUUUCAAUUCUAAAGUAAGCUUAAUUUUUUUUUUGUGGUGGGAGGCAUGGUUACUGAACUGCCACAAUGGGACUACUGUUUGUAUUUUUGUUUUGUUUUGAAUUUUUGUGUCCUGUUUUUUCCAGCUCUUCUUGAAAUCAUGGACAAUGUCAUGAUUUUUUGGAGGAAAAGGGACAGGGCUGGGACUUGGGAAGUGUUUGGUUAAGUGUGUGGUGUGUGGUUUUUUAAAUUUUAUUUCAUUAUUUCUUUUUAAUGCUUUUAGGUUAUGUUUGUAAAUGGGGAUAUUUAAAACUGUACAUGGGUGUGCUUCACUUUAAAUGAAGGAUAAUUCAGUGGCCUAGACUGUUUGAACUACUUGAUGAUCAUAUAGUUUUCCAUAAGAAGUUUCACGAUUAAAUUCAGCAACAGGCACCCUUGGAAUGUCUUUGUAUAAACUUGUCAGAAGCUGAUUUGGCUGUAGUACAGUUUAAUGCUAGUAGAAAAGCAUUGUGCAGGACAGCACACAUCGUGUUUUGCUUAUUAGAUAUAAUAAGCAACUGUCGUAUGUAACAAUGCUCAAAUGUAGGACUAAAUGGGGGGGGGGGGGGGGGGGGGUAAUAUUCAAUCCGAAAAUUAUGGGCAUGCGCUCUUUUUUUUUUUUUUUUUUUUUUUUUUUUUUUUGGGUGGCUCCUGUUGCUUCUAAACUGAUUUAGUUGCUUGCAAUGUUUCUAGGAUUUCGCUUAAGUCAGAGGGAUCAGUAGUCCAUGAUCAACAAUUUUUCCUCCACCUCACGCAUGUAAGUAAAUACUCACAGCCAGGAUUUGGUCAGCUUAUAGCCCCCAUGAGUACAUGGUGGUGGAUUUCUUACUGUUCCUAAGCUCUUCUCUCAGGGUCUGAGCUGCCUGUGGAGUAAGGAGGCCUGUAUCAGACUGUGGUUCUGACUACUUCCUACUGCUGUUGAGAGCUAAUGCCAUUCCAUUGUCCAGGGAUGCCAGCACUGUAUGCAUCCCCUUUCUGAAUUGUACAAAAAAUCCCCAAUUUCAUUUAUUUUUGGUCUGUCAGUUAAUGAUUAUAAUAAAAACUAAAUUUGA